UUUUGCUCAAUUUAUACCCUUAACACUCUAAUCUUUUGCCUUCUUUGUUGUAAAACAAGAGUGUGACAGACAACCUAUUUCAUGUAAGUGUAACGGCCUAAACGUCCUUCCAAGAAAGAAAAUGGCGUAUGUGUCUCUGCUCUGAAUCUUAAGCCUCGCUUUGUUCUCCUCUUUUCUUCAUCGUUUUCACUCACCCUGUCUGAUUUUCCAGUUUGUUUCAUUGAUUCUCGGUUGGGUUCUGCUUCUUUGUAACUUCGUGGCGUUGAAAGCUAUAUCUUUUUCAGGUCUACUCUGUUUCGUCUGAAUCAGCAGCUUGGCGUCACAAACCCAUUUGAUUCUUCUUUCUUUUGAAUUCUUUUUGUGUUGUUUUUAAUCUUAUUCUUUGCUAUUUGCAACCAGUUGAUCGAAUUAUAUCUGGAAUUUUUUGGGUAUUCAAUUAUAUUGUUCUUAUCAAUCUGGAAUUUGCAUUGGACUCUGUUUUGAUUUGGAACUUAGAACAACAAAUUGACAUAGCAAUCGAAAGCAAUCAAUAUUUUCGGAAAUGAAUCCUUUGUAUCCAGUGAAAGAAGACCCUUCUGGAAUGGGUUCAUCGGACCCGGGCGGCUACCCGCCAACGAUGCCUCCACCACGGCCAAAGGAGGGCCUUCAUGACAUAGGACCUCCACCAUUCUUGACCAAGACCUUUGACAUCGUCGAUGACCCAUCUACCAAUCACAUGGUUUCUUGGAGCAGGGGAGGCAGCAGCUUUGUUGUGUGUGAUCCUCAUUCAUUCUCCACAAAUCUCCUCCGGAGAUACUUCAAGCACAACAAUUUCUCAAGCUUUGUCAGGCAGCUCAACACUUAUGGCUUUAGAAAGAUUGAUCCAGAUAGAUGGGAGUUUGCCAAUGAAGGUUUUCUAAGGGGCCAGAGACAUCUUCUGAGGAACAUCAAGAGAAGAAAGGCACCUCCUCAACCUUUCCCUCCACAAGCUCUGGGUCCCUGUGUUGAGGUUGGGCGGUUUGGAGUAGAUGGAGAAAUGGAUCGUCUGAGGCGUGACAAGCAGGUUCUAAUGAUGGAACUAGUGAAGCUUAGGCAGCAGCAGCAGAAUACUAGAACCUACCUUCAAGCAAUGGAACAAAGGUUACAAGGGACAGAAAAGAAGCAACAGCAAAUGAUGUCCUUCUUAGCAAGAGCAAUGCAAAACCCAACCUUUCUCCAGCAGCUACUCCAACAGAAGGAGAAGAGAAAGGAACUAGAAGAAGCCAUAACUAAGAAAAGGAGGAGGCCAAUUGAUCGAGGACCUAGUUCGGUUGGUGGUGUCGAAUCAAGUCGGAGUGGUGAAGGAUUAAAACCCAUUAAACCUGAGCCUCUUGAACUGGAAGUAUCAGAGCUUGAAGAACUUGCAUUGGAAAUGCUAGGAUUGAGUAGGGCAAGAAAGGAGCAAGACAAAGAAAAGGAAUAUCUAGAGCCAGUGGAGAGUAGGGAUAGAGAACUUGAUGAGGGAUUUUGGGAAGAAUUAUUCAGUGAGUCUCUUGAGGAAGAAUUAAGCAUAAUAGGGAGUGAUGAAGGAGGUGAAGAUGAAGAUGUUAAUUUCUUGGUUGAUCGCUUAGGUUACUUAGGUUCAAGCCAAUAGCCAGACAUUUUGUGCAUUGCUACUCGUCCUCUUCAGUUCACUGCCUCGAUGACCUAUUCUUUGGUAGCUUUUGCUAGUUGUUUCUAAUCUCUUCUUUCUUUUUUCUGAGCAAUACAGGAUAGGGGAAGAAAUAAAAGAAAACAAAUGGGAAUUACAAGGAUAAUAACCAAAAGAACCAUGUGCCGCAGCCCAUUUAGCCACUAGAUGAGCACAAAGAUUAGCAACCAGUUGUUGCUAAUCUCUCAUUUUGUGUAGUUUGGGUCUUACAUUGAUCUGGAUUUCUUGCUAUUGGCAGGACAGGAGAAGUACCAAGCAGUGUAUCCAUGGAAAUAUUUGGUGUUUCUAACCCUCUAUUUAACUGUUUUCCUGUUGAACGCCCCCCCACCUCUUAUUGUUCUAUUUCUUGGUUAGGUUGCAGGCAUUGCUUCGCAGAGUAUGGUAGUUCUUAUCAUGAUUGUCUCAAGGUUCUUGUUUCUUUUCAUCCCCUUGGAAACCCCCCACCGUUCAAUGUCUACUGCAUCAUUUUCAUUUAUCAUAUCUGCCUCUUGUAAUAUAUUCUGGCCUUAAAUCAAUGUAGAUCGUUCGGGAACUGUUGAAACUGGAAAAGCUGUAGCCGCAAGCUCAAAGAAUCACAAUUGAAUGUUGCUUCUGAAUACAAGUGUCUGUCGGUUUGAUAUUUAAUUUCUAUGCUCUGAGUUUCCCUUUGUUGUUUUACAAAUGCACAGAGCCGGUUUACUUUAGUUUCUACCAUGUAGAUUUUUCCGUGCCAUGGCAAUUUGGUUCUCAUGAUCAGUGGUUGUCUUCAACUGUGGCUCUAAAGUGGUAACGUAUUGCAUUCUUUAUACCCUAACCGGACAAAUCUUUUCCGAGUAAUGCUAUAUACUACACUUCUAUUUCUCCUUUAUCUGCGUCAACUUUGACGUGGAUAAAAGUGAAAUGAGGGUGUAGCAUGUAGCAUUACUCGUCUUUUCCUAACGAUUCUAUUCAUGUUGUUGAAGUCCGCCAGAUGAAUACAGGAGUGCUAAAUAGAAUAACUGGGUUGAAGUGCAGAUUGUGAUUCUUUCUACAAUACUAUAGUUGCCUCUCGACAAAGAGCAAUAUAUUUUUCUGCAGUGUGUUAUAUGAAUAAUAAGUGAGACUUUAUGCUGCAGAUAUUGUAACAAAAAGUGGUCGGAUAACCUUGGUUAAAUGUUACUUGUUCUAGGAUUCAGAAGAUAGUCGUUCUGUAUCUGAAUCGAUAUGUGGCUGCAUGCAGCCACAACUGAUUUCUGGGUGGCAAUGUGAGCAUGCUUACACCACUAGCUCGUGAGAAUGGUGGCCAAGGCUUAGAAUUAGAUUAUUUUGUGCUUACAGGGCAAGCUGCUAAAACUUUAGUAGCAAGAAGUUUGAUGAAACUCCAGUCUUAAAGUAUUUACUGUGACAUGUGGAUUAUCCACCCCCUAAUUGUGAAACUAAUCUCACAUUGGUGUGAUACUCAAAAAGUUAGUCCCA